AUGUUCUACAAAAUUUCGAAAAAGUAUAUUGGCGUUGCAGCAACUUUAACUUCUACAUUAUACAAGAGAAAUUUUACCAAUAGCUUAGCAAAGAAAACAUCUUAUUCAGCCAUAAAUACCAGUAGUAUGGACGCAUUGACUCAGAAUCUAAAGAAACUAGACUUGGUUGCACCACCUUCGAUUGAAGGUUCUUUCCCCGAAUCAAACACUGUUGAUUUAUGUAGAAAUUACAUCACCGAACAACUUUCUCAUUUAGCAGGCGUGGAUAAAUCAAUUAUUUAUCCAGCGCUAGAGUGGUGUCAAGUUUUGGAGAAAGGUGAUUUGUUGUUACCUUUACCAAGAUUGAGACUAAAGGGUAAUUUGGAUGAAUUAGCCGUUGAAUUAGCCGAAAAGUUCCCACUGGGUGGUUAUAUUGAUCGUGUUGUUCCACAGGGUAAAUUCUUGCAGUUUUACUUUAACCCUUCGUUCUUAUUAAAAUAUGUCACCAAAGACGUCUUAACUAGAACUAGUGACUUUGGUUCUGCACCACUUGGUAAAAAUAAGAAAGUUGUGAUUGAGUUUUCAUCUCCAAAUAUUGCGAAACCUUUCCACGCAGGACAUUUAAGAUCCACUAUUAUUGGUGGUUUCUUGGCUAAUCUACACGAAAAGUUGGGCUGGGAUGUUAUCAGAAUGAACUAUCUUGGUGACUGGGGUAAGCAAUUUGGUGUUUUGGCUGUUGGUUUUAAUAAAUACGGAUCUGAGGCCGAGUUAGAAGCAAACCCAAUCCAACAUUUAUUUGACGUUUACGUUAAAAUCAACAAUGAUAUUAAAGCUGAACAAGAAGCGGCUGAAGCAAAAGGCGAAACACUCGAUCCAAUCAAUUCAAUUGAUGGUGAAGCAAGGGCUUUCUUCAAAUCCAUGGAAAAUGGUGAUGAAAAUGCAAUUGCCCUUUGGAAGAAAUUCAGAGAACUGUCCAUUGAAAAAUACAUUGACACAUACGCAAGACUAAACAUUAAAUAUGACGUUUAUUCUGGUGAGUCACAAGUUUCUGCUGAUGUUAUGAAGGACGUAUCAAAAACCUUAUCUGAGAAGGGCAUGAUCACCGAAGAUAGGGGUGCUUUGUUGAUUGAUUUCAAAAGUUUAGGUCAAAAGAAAUUGGGUAAAGUUUUAGUCCAAAAAAGUGACGGUACCUCUUUGUAUAUCACCAGAGACUUGGGUGCUGCUAUUGAAAGAAAGCAAAAGUACAACUUUGAUAAGAUGAUCUACGUCAUCGCAACCCAACAAGAUCUACAUGUCAAGCAAUUUUUCACUGCUCUUGAGAUGAUGGGCAACAAAUGGGCCAAAGAUUUGGUCCAUGUGAAUUUUGGUAUGGUUCUAGGUAUGUCCACUAGAAAGGGUACUGUUGUUUUCCUUGAUGAUAUUUUAGAGGCUGUCAAAGAAAAGAUGCUUGAGAUCAUGAAGACCAAUGAAGAAAAGUUUGCACAGGUUGAAGAUCCAGAAAAAGUGGCAGAUUUGGUUGGUAUCUCUGCCGUGAUGAUUCAAGAUAUGCAAGCAAAGAGAAUCAAUAACUAUGAGUUUGCAUGGGAAAGAAUGUUAUCUUCUGAAGGUGAUACCGGACCUUACUUGCAAUAUGCACAUUCCAGAUUGAGAUCCAUUCAAAGAAACGCAGGUGUUCCCGACGCUGAACUACUUGAUGCAGAUAUGUCUUUAGAGACCUUGUGCGGCUCUAUUGAUAAGUUGAAGGAGCAAAACUUAUCUGAAGAGGACUUUGAGAAGAAAUCCAAAUUAUUAGAAUCUCAGUUGGAGAAGACCAAGGCUCUAAUUAGAAUUAUGGCUUCAUACCCAGACACUUUGAGAUACGCUUCAAAGAACUACGAGCCAUCCACUGUUGUUACCUAUCUUUUCAAAUUAACCCAUCAAUUCUCCUCUACUUACAAAGUCUUACGUGUUCUAGGCGAAGAAAGAGAAAUCAUGAUUGCAAGAUUGGCAUUGUUCUCAGCUGUCAGACAAAUCUUACAUAAUGGUUUGGUGUUAUUGGGUAUCACUCCUGUCGAAAGAAUGUAA